AUGCCCCGCGCCUUCCUGGUGAAGAAGCCGUGCGUGGCCACGGCCAAACGCAACUGGAGCGAGCUCCCGGACGAGCAGCGGGCGGAGAUCUACGUCCCCAGCCCCAUGGGUGCCCCCAUUCCCCCGGGGAUCCCCAUCUCUGGGGGGGUCCCGGUGGGGGUCCCCGUCGCCGGGGGGGUCCCGGGGGGGUCGGAGCUUUUCUCCUGCCCCGUUUGCCAGAAGAGUUUCGGGUUCCAGCGGAUGCUGAACCGGCACCUGAAGUGUCACAGCGAAGUGAAGCGACACCUCUGCCCCUACUGCGGGAAGGGCUUCAACGACACCUUCGACCUCAAGCGCCACGUCCGCACCCAUACUGGCGUGCGCCCCUACAAGUGCAGCCUGUGCGAGAAGGCCUUCACCCAACGUUGCUCCUUGGAGUCCCACCUCAAGAAGAUCCACGGGGUGGCCCAACGUUACGCCUACAAGGAGCGACGGGCCAAGCUCUACGUCUGCGAGGAGUGCGGGGGCACGGCCGAGAGCCAGGACGCCCACCUGGCCCACCUCCGCCAGCGCCACCCCCACAGCCCCCUCCUCGCCAAACUGGCCCGCAAG